CAACUUGGGUUUAUACAACUAGGGUUUAUCAGCUGCAAAUAUAGUGCUUCCAGCCACCACCCUUCACCAGUAAUCAAUGGCGAAGAAGCGAAAUCGAAUUACAAACCCAGAGCCGUUCCUCUCUGCCGAUAAUGACGAGUCCAAGUCCACUACCUCCACUUCCACGAAACGCCGAAAGCCUCCCAAGCUCCACCAGCAACAGCAACAAGUGAUAUCGUCGGGAAUUAGUUCGAAGAUACUGAAGGAGGCGUUAAUUCAGCAAAAGGAAAUUGAGGAAGAGGAGGCGCAAGAGCAAAAUCCUAACUUGGUUUUCGUGGAGGAGCCGAAAAAGGUUGCAGAGGAUGAUGAAGAGGAGGAUAUUGAUGAUUUCGGGGGAUUUUCUGAAACUCGGAGCCAAUUUGGUGGCUGGGAGGAGCAGGAUCAAAUUGAUGAGGAUGACGAAAAGCUACUGGAAGCCUUUCUGUCGGUUGAUAGUCGUCCUCAGCGCACAUUGGCUGAUAUUAUUGUUGAGAGGAUCAAAGAAAAAGAUGCUCAAGUUUCUUCAGAAGCACGACCGAUGCCAAAAUUGGAUGAUUCCAUCAUAGAAUUAUAUAAGGGGGUUGGAAAGCUACUUGGCAAAUAUACCUCAGGAAAAAUGCCAAAGGCCUUCAAACACAUACCUUCAAUUCAAUUUUGGGAGGAAGUCUUGUAUUUGACUGAACCUGAGAAGUGGUCACCGAAUGCCAUGUAUCAAGCGACAAGAAUUUUUGCUUCCAAUUUGGGUGUGAAGAAGGCAGAACGCUUUUAUAAACUUGUUUUACUGCCACGUGUUAGAGAAGAUAUCAGGAAGAACAAAAGACUGCAUUUUGCCUUGUAUCAAUCUCUGAAGAAGUGCCUGUAUAAACCAGCUGCCUUCAAUAAGGGAAUAUUGUUUCCACUUUGUGAGUCAAGGACAUGUAAUCUCAGGGAAGCUGUUAUAAUCGGAAGUGUUCUUCAGAAGGUCUCCAUUCCGCCUCUUCAUUCUAGUGUAGCAUUAUUGAAGCUGGCAGAGAUGGAGUAUUGUGGAACGACAAGUUACUUUAUAAAGUUACUAAUCGAGAAGAAAUAUGCUUUGCCAUAUCGAGUGCUUGAUGCAAUGGUUGCUCAUUUUAUGAAAUUCUGUGAAGAUUCAAGGACAAUGCCUGUGAUCUGGCAUCAGUCACUUCUUGCUUUUGUGCAGAGGUACAAAAAUGAGUUGACGAAGGAGGAUAAAGCUAAUCUCAGUACACUUGUUGAAAAGCAGAGACAUUAUUUGGUUACACCUGAAAUAUUGAGAGAGUUGAAUAAUAGCCGUAACCGUGGGGAGAAGGAGGAUGAUCUUAUGUCUAUCUCAGCCCCAGUUUCUGUUAUAAAUAAAGCAAUUGAAGAAGAUAGGUUUGAUAUUCCUGAAGUUCCCAUGGAAGAAGAUUAAUUAUUUCUACGGCGACUAAUUUUUGGAUUACCAGGUGGUUCCAGUUUUGGGAUUCGGAGGGGGAAGAGGCUUGUAAUUAAAAAUUAUCCAGUCAGAUUUUACUCUUCAAGACACAGACAAAGGGUGUUGUUCUUGUAGGAGAGCUUGCCAAGUGCAUCGAAUGUUAUGGUAUAUUUUAGUCUGGUAGAGAUAUUAAAACUUGUAUUUUGCUUCUUGGACCUAAUUGAUAGUCGUGGGCAAAAAUAUCAUUAUGUUUUGGUAAAGAUCAUUUCUUGUACUCGGUGGAAUGAAUAUAAUCUGCCAUGGGCUAUUGUUAGAUGGUAUCCUAAUAGGGAGGGGAAGAAUUGUGUUGCUCUAACUGGCUGGACGUUAAACUGCAUGCCAGAAUGAGAAAGGAGAAAAUAUGGUCUCUAAAUGAGAAGCCCAAUUGAAAAUGUAGGGCUAUUUGGAGAUACAAUUUGGAUAA